AUGCCCGCGAGGAUGUGCACUGUGUCCUCUUCUAAUAUCAAUCCUCAUAAUAUAUCAAUACUCACCCACCCACUAGCUUCUCUCCCCGAUUUCGAACAAACACCUCCUCCAAAUUACCGCCCCGAAAUUCCCAUCACUCUCUUUAAUAAAUCUCACAAUGCUCUCUUAGAUUCUGGCGCAACUGUCUCUGCUAUCUCUGAAGACCUUUUUAAAAUAUUAAAUCAAAAUUCUGACCCAAACGCAAUUCCCCUCUUUCCCCUCACAGGCAUUCUCUUGACCACGGCACUCAGUCACAAAACAAUUAAAGUAAAAUCUCAAAUCUAUUUAAAUUUUUAUGUUCAAAAUUAUAAAACACACGGUAUAUUUCUAGUUGUUCCCCAAUUGUCUACACCCUUGAUUCUAGGUACCGACUGGUUACUUGAAAACGGGGUGACCAUAGACUACAAUAGCAAGGAAAUCUCCCUCCCCUCUAUCAAAGAUAACAUCCCCUUUAAAUUAAUUCAAGAUAAUGAUCCAAAUAGCUUAGUUAAUUCGUUAAAAAAUAUUAUUGUCACUAAUGAUCCUUUCACCAUGUACGAAGGUCCUUCUCACUUAAUAAAUCAAACCUAUCCAUUCGAAACAGAAAAAAAUAUUGCCCUUAAUGACAUUCCCCUUAAUGAUUCUCAACACAAAUUAAUGACCUCCCUCCUUCAAAAAUAUGAUCACAUUUUCAAAGACAAACCCGGCCUUCACACUUUCUUCUCUUAUAAAUUUAAUAUUAAACCUCAUGACCCCUAUAAAAUUAAACCGUACCCUGUACCCUUCUCUCGUCGUCCCGCCGUACAAAAAGAAAUUGACAAGAUGAUUAAGUGGGGGGUGAUCGAAAGAUCAGAUUCCCCGUACAAUAAUCCCCUUGUUACUGUAAUAAAAGCUGACGGCACACUACGUUUGUGCUUGGACGCUCGUAAAUUAAAUACUAUUAUUCUCCCCACUCGAGACGCUUCCCCCCCAAUCGAUGAUAUCCUAGCAAAAUUUAAUAAUAAAUCCUUUUUCUCUUCUCUUGAUUUUUCCUCUGGCUAUUGGCAAAUCCCACUCGACCCCUCGGUUCGUCAGUACACCAGUUUCCUCUACGACGGAAGGUCCUACCAAUUUUGUGUAGUGCCUUUUGGGUUAAAUAUUUCCAAUGCAGCCUUUGGGAAAGGAUUAGAAGCCGCCCUAAAUAAUUAUACUAGCCCCUGUCCCUCCCCUAAUGACAUUCAUACCUACGUCGACGACAUAUUAGUAUCCUCCCCUUCUUUCGAAACACACCUUGAGACUCUAGAGUGGAUUUUUCACAAAAUCUCUCUAGCAGGCCUCACUCUAAAAUUUAAAAAAUGUCACUUCAAUAAAAAACAAAUUAAAUUUCUCGGUCACUUUAUAUCCCCUACCGGUAUGAUCAUGGACCCCGACAAAGUUAACGCCCUUCAAAAUUUUCCCGAACCUCGUAAUAAAAAAGAUCUCCAAUCGUUUUUCGGCUUCUGUAACUUCUAUCGUAAAUUCUCACAAAAUCAUUCUUCUCUCUUACACCCCCUUUCUCAUCUCAUUUGUAAAGACACCCCCUGGAUAUUCACCGAACAAGAUAAAAUAGCUUUCCAAAAAAUAAAAACUGCUUUCUCCCUUCAAAUAUCAUUAACUCACCCCGAUUUUAAUAUUCCCUUCUAUAAGGCGGAAACGAUCUGGGACCAUUAUUUCCAUUCAAAUGAAGCAAACAAGUCCUUCAGAUACUUCUUAGACUUACCACCGUCCGUAAUCGAAAAAUACAUAGAGAAAGGUGUGAAACCAAGAUUAGCUGAUUUAUAUAAGGGAAUGGGAGUGUACGAAUUUCCAUCAACUGCAAUUAACGAUGGUACACAUUUUAAUUUCAACGGUGAUGUAGCCGCGGAUACGUACCACAAAACGGACAUAGAUGUCAAACUUCUUAAGGAACUGGGUGUUCAAGUUUAUCGAUUUUCCAUGACUCCAACUAGAAUUAUUCCAAUGGCUCAUGACCAUUUACCUGGAAAAGUUGGAAUAGCAUAUUAUAAUAACCUGAUUGACAAAUUAAUCGAAAAUGGAAUCACACCAAUGGUAACGUUGUACCACUAUGAUAUGGGGUUGGAUUACGUCAAAAUUGGAGGACUAACAAACUCGAUUAGCUAUACAUAUUAUACAAAUUAUGCGAGAAUAUGCUUUGAGAAUUUUGGUGAUAGAGUAAAAUAUUGGACAACAACAUCAGACAUCCAUUUGGCAGCUGAAGGAUAUAGUUCUGAGCAUUUUGCUCCUGGUUACCAAGAACAAAUAUUUGGUGGAUAUUCAGAUUAUCAAGUAUUGCACAACUUUAUUAAAGUGAAUGCAAUGGCUUAUAAACUAUACAACGAAGAAUUCAGAGAAAAACAGCAAGGACAAAUAAGUUUAGCCAUAGAUGGAGUUUGGUUCUACCCAAAAGAUCCAAAUAAUCCGGAACAUCAAAAGGCUGCUGAAUGCGCACGAAUUUCAACAUUUGGUUUGGUAGCACAUGUGUUGUCUACGGGACAAUACCCAGAUGCAUUUUUAGAGACUAUUGACAGGACUAACAAACGAGAAAAAAUACGGAUGAACCGUGUCGAACAAUUUACAAAGGAAGAACAAGAAUUAAUUAAAGGGUCAUACGAUUUUAUUGUAUUCAACUAUUAUAAUAGUGUAAAAGUGCGACCAAUGACUGAUGAAGAAAUUGCAAAUGAACUCAAUCUUAAAAGAAGAGAUCGAGGAUAUUUCAUGGAAUUAAAUACCACCACAGAAACUGAAGUUUAUGAAGGAUUUUUAAAUUGCUUAAAAUGGAUAAAUGGAACAAUGAAUAAUCCAAAAAUAUUCAUCGGAGAAAACGGAUUUCCCGAAGAAGAUGGCAUUGAUGAAAGUGAAAAAAAAAUUGCUUACCAUUCUGGUAUUUUAAAUAAAUUACUUGAAGCACUGGAUGAAAACAUAAAUGUUUUUGGAUACUGUGUUUGGUCGUUUCUAGAUACUCUCGAAUUCGCAUUUGGUUAUUGGAAGAAGUUUGGAAUUUAUGCAGUUGACUUUAAUGAUGAAUCCAGACCACGUUCAAAAAAAAAUAGUUUCGCCUUUUUUCAGCAGUUGUUCAGAACAAAGAAAUUACAAAUACAAAACUAG